UCUGAAUACCUCCCAAUACCUGCCACUUCUUUUUCACUGUGUACCUGCGUUCUCGGCCUCGAGUCCUAGGCACUCCACGUGACCUCAGAUGGCCGCGACCAUUGAAUCCUUGGCAUUGCGCAACAGUCCAAAGGCGACGGUUGUUGUAUCUCCUCUUAGCUUGUCCUUCUGCGCAUGAUGGCUUCCUCACACCAUCACGCCUCCCACGCCCGGAACAUUCCACGCGGCAUAUCCCGUCCUUUGGCCCGGCCUCCCGCUCCAGAGCAGUCUGUGGAACCUCGUUUUGAUGUUCGAGAAGUCCGCGAGCCCUCUUUGUUCGUCCAAGACCGCAGAGGGGAUCGGCAAAACUUGACAUAUGGGGCACUUGAUCGACAUUCUAUUCCGCGCUAUCGACCGGCCGGUCAUGGUGGCUUACUCGGGUUGGGUCCGAACUAUCGAAUAGUUUCACGAUCAGAGUCUCACCUCAAUGUGGAAAAUGUCGAGACUGAUUCCACACGAAGGUCCCGUCGAGAGUCUUUGCUUGAGGACCUUCCCGAUGACGAUCAAGCCGCGGAAAAUGUUCAAUCCGGAGUCAGCAACGAAUCGGAUCUGCGCGAGGACUUUCUGAGCUUCGACUAUGUGCAUCCAAGGAAGAGGAGGCGGGUAUUGGCGGGAUCAAUGGAUGCAACUGUGGAAGACGACGACGAGAGUGAUGAGUCAGACCCAGACAGUCAAGCGCUUGCACCGCCCAAGGACGCCUUUGACGAGUUCAAACGAAACCCCGUUCAUCAGCGCCAUAUUGAACUCUUGAGAGCUACGGAAACCCGACCCGAGGACGUGUCGGCAUGGCUUGCGUUGAUAGAGUAUCAACCCGUGCUCUUCGGCGAGGAGCGCAGUUCCCGCAGCUCCGCUUCUCCUUCGUCAAGGACUGUUGUGGAUCUCAAAAUCUCGCUGUAUGAACAAGCACUGUCGCGCGUGAAAGGCCGAGAAGGCCGAAAUGCUUUGAUCCUGCGUCUCAUGCAAGUGGGAAAGGUGGUUUGGGAUGCCGAUAAACAGGCCUCAAGAUGGCGGACCUUCCUCGACGAGGACGCCUCAUUCGACCUGUGGCGGCUUUAUCUGAACUUCGUCCAAACCAACCACGUCAAAUUCAGCUUUGAAAGUUGUUUGGGGAUUUACAAGCAGUGGCUUCAAAAGGCCGAAAUUGCGCCACCAGACCGCACGAGAGAUACUAGCUGCAUAUACAUCCUUUUGCGCUUGACCUUAUUCCUGUGGCAAUCUGGGUUUACGGAGCGCGCAGUCGGGAUUUGGCAAGCACUGCUCGAAUUCAACUGCUUCCGUCCCCGAACCAUCCCUCCCACUGAGCUCAUACCAUCCUUCCAGGAAUUCUGGGCGAGUGAGGUUGCCCGAAUUGGCGAGGAAGGCUCGGCAGGUUGGCGAUCGAAUGCAAACAAUGAAAUCGAGGCAAGAAGCGACAAGCCCUUCCAAGUGCAGCAUCUGGAUUUCGAGGCCUGGGCUGCCGCUGAAAAUGAUCUUGAAAUGACCGCUGGAUUGCCUGCAAGAGCUCUAGAUGAAGUCAGCCAAGAUGACCCUUACCGUGUUCUUCUCUUCUCGGAUAUUGAAGACUUCCUCUUCUCCCCGACUACAGAAGAGGGCUCGUGGUUACUGCAGGAUGCGUUUUUGUUGUUCGCGGGACUCUCACCGCUAUCAUCACUCCCUGGGUCCAAGGUCUGGGAGCAAGAUCCUUUCAUUCAUAGCCAGUCGCCCUCCUCCGGCAUCUCUUUGGUACCCGGUGGUCUUGGAGAGAAUAAUUGUGGCUUGCAGAUGCGUUUUCUACAAGUCUUUCUAGCGGCUCGGCAAUUGUACUCUGGGAAACCUGGCGUCCUACUUUCUUCCACAGCAAGACUCAUCGGUUCUUCUCUUAGCUUUGUUCGCCGAGUCAUACAUCAGCUUGCUGGACUGGCUGCUGACGAAGAACCAAGCGAACUGCAUAUGGAAUACGCGAUUGCAUUGGAAGCUGGAGUAGAUCUGAAAUCCGCCAGAAAACAGACAAGGGCAUAUCUUAAGCGCAAGGCUGACAGCCUCAAACUCUAUAAUACCUAUGCACUGCUCGAAUGCCAAUUGGACAACUUCGAAGGUGCCGAAAGAGUUUGGUCAACCGCGCUGUCAAUGCGAUAUUCGCUUGGACAUGAAGUGCAAGUCGAUUCAUUCCUUCUGUGGCGUGACUGGGCAUACUUUUACAUGUGCCGAAGGCAAUUCCAACACGCUAGGGCUCUCCUAAGUCAUAUGACAGAAGAGGAGGUGGACUUGGUUCGGCUGCGAAAAGAGAUCGAAACCACUAACGAACCAUCUGCUACUAUGCAGAUCAAGGUCGAACAAUACAUCAAAAUGCAGAUCGAGCAAGGCCGCACCCACAGACGAGCAGACCAGUUACCGGCGCUGAUCGACGUCCUGGCAUUUCAUAGGUACCUCAACGCUGAUAUGUCCCUUGAAAUAGCCCUACAAACAUAUCAUGCCUCUCUCGGAUCUCUCACGGGACUGUCGACAAUGUCUUCUGCAGUGCUCGAAGCUGUUCAUGAGCAGCGAGCUCGUUUCAUUUACUCUCAUUCCGUGACGUUUGGAAAGAGUUUCAGACCGAGCGAACUCGUCCCCAUUCUGAAAGACUCGACAGAAAAGUUUCCUAACAAUCUCAACCUCUUACUGCUCCAUCAUCAUUUCCUUCAGAAAGCCGGGCUUUUCGACCGGUUGCGGCAGGUCGACUCCAAAGCAGAUGAACGUCGAGACGUGCAAAUCAAACAAAGUAUCGUUCCUUGCGUGUUUGACUUGCUGCUAGAGCUCAACCGACCGUCGUACAGCGGGAGCACAGAUCACAGCAUUCGCUCGGCUUUCGCACGGGUGACUCAGCUGGGUUCUCCUGGGCAUGACAAUCCUGAAAUAUGGAAAACAUAUGUUCUUUGGGAAACGGCAUUGAUUCAGCUCCGUGACGAUGCGGGUGUAGAAGGCAAGGGAACCACAAGGCGUGAAGCGAGAGCUCGCCGAUCUGCAGCAAGCGCUUCUCAAUCCUUUUAUGCGUCACUUAGGGCAUGCCCAUGGUCGAAAGAACUAUGCAUGCUGGGGUUUACACGGCCAAUGCUGAGAAACGCAAUUGGCGAUUCCAAACUCAGGCAGGUGUAUCAAACCAUGCUAGAUAGAGGUAUGCGGGUGCGUCUUGACAUAUCAGAUACGUUGCCGUAGUCUUUUGGUUAUGCCUAGGUACAAUCAAGAAUACGAGAUUGG